CCUCCAAUCGACCAUUUUACCAAUCUUGCUAUCUCUUCUCUAACCGCUCAUCCGCCGCCCACAUCUCGUCGAUCUCUGCUUAAGGGAGCGACAAGGAGAAGGAAGCAAAGGGUUUCGUUUCGUCGAUCGAAGGCCAGCGAUGGUGCCUCCGAGAAAAGAGGAGGGCUCGGAUCGGUCGUCGGAUGGAGACGCUGGCGAAGGAUUUAGGGCGAACAACGGAUCCGAAUCCACCCACGGCGGCGGCGUCGCUGAAAGGCUGAGAGAGAACCUCCGUGGCGAAUCGGACGACGAUCUCUCCCACGAGGCAAGCGGCGGCGCCGAGGACGACCGGGUGCUGCCGUGGCUGCAGGCGUUGGAUCUGCAGGUUCUUGGCGCCUGCCGUGCGGACGAGAGGUCGAAGCCUCUGCUCAAGCUCAACGUCUCCAGCGGCCCCUCCGAGGACAAGCUGCUAGCGCAGCUGAGCCAGCAUUUUGAAGCAUCGGAAGUAGGGAUGUUGGCAAGGUGCCUGUGUGUUCCUCUUGUUUCUGUUCGUGUAGGGAAAGUCAAGAAGCUAGGGAACAUCUUAUGCCCGACUGCUACAAGGGGACAAUUGAAUCUCAAUCUUUUGCCUUCAUCUAAUAUGCACAUUUCAUUCAUUGGGGACAACGGCUGUGCCGAGAGUUUGGCUGUUUUGAGCAAUGACUUUGAUAGCUUUGAUGCGAUUCUUGAGGAAAUAUCAGCAGAUACUUCUGGACGUUCCUUCUUGCUAAAGCUCCCAGGACCUCGAGUCUUGUACUAUUGGUGUUCCGAGAAGUCAAAGGUCCAUGGCCUCGAGUUGCUUGCUAAGAUGAAAGAUCUACUACAAAGGAAGCCCUCCUUAUCCCGUCUUACUGGAAUCUCUGAGUCACGCCUUGAUUCAUUUGCAACUCAUCUUGGGACAUAUCUUCUUGGGUGCGCAAACACUGCAGAAGCUAAUUCAGCUGCUUCAUCACAUGGUUUACAUGGUGGUUCAACUCCUGAUGAAACUGAUUGUCAGUUCGCAUCUGCAGUUUCCCAAUCACGUUCACGCACUGUAGAAGUGCAUUUAGGACAGGUGCAUUCUGUCUGUCAAGGUGGUCUGAACCCAAGAUUAAGUAUUUUCAAGGAUGAAAUGCAAAGAACAGUAACAUCUACAAGAAGUGGAUCUAGGGAGGAAUUAAAACAGCAUGGAGAUUUCCAUCCAAGCACAUUGACAAAAAGAUCUGAACCAGUGGCGUCAGUUUCUGUUUCAUGUACAGUUAGUGCUCCAUGUACCAGUAAAUGCGUGGAUGACAAUUCAAGGAACAUCGAACCAAGUUCGAUUCGUUCCUGUGGUUUGCCUGAAAUACCAUCCUUACCUUCUCUCCCUUCAUUCAAUCCCAUGUCGAUUCACCUUUCUCCAUCACAGACAACCAGAUCAAGUUCCUUGUUUUCUCCUUACUACUGCUGGUGUCCCCCUUGCCCAUCUUCACUGCAGUAUAAAGCAACCUCUUCACAUCUGUCAUCCAUCUCCGAACACAUUCCUCUGCCACCUCUAUCUUCAUUGUUGCCUGCUGCUGCACCCACAGUUGCAUCUGUGCCAGCUAAGCUACCUAUUGAUGUUUCUGAGCUUGGAGCCAUGACACUUCCAACUCUUCUCCCUGAUGCAUUAGUUCCUGCAUCAUUUUCUGUGUCAUCACUUACCUUGCCAUGCUCGCAACAAAUUCCAAUGUUUACGCCUUUUAUAUCAGAUCCCAUCGUCCACAUUCCAGUAAUUGAUUUUUGUUCUUCUGGUCCGGGUUAUCUUGUCAGUGCCGGACCUGCUAUAUCUUCGGUCCUCUCACCUCUGCUUCCAGGCCUUGUAAGUCCUCUAAUACCAAAGGUAGAGUCAGCAAUAGAAAAGAAUGCCAGAGAAACACUUAAGAUGCUUAUGGCGUCAUCACCCACAGCAUCAAGCCCACAGUUGAAUGUUCUGCCUGCUGUUUUCAACAAUUUGGAUGAAAGUUUUUCUUGUGCCAAGAUGGUGAACAACCAUUCUGCUGUAGUUGCUACCAGCAGUCAGCUACUCUGUGGUGGUACAGUGGAUGCAGAUAAUGUCUCAUCAGACUUAUCUUGCAUAGGUUUAUGUUCCUUGGGAGAAGGGGUUGUUCAUGAACUUUACCAUACCAUGAACUGCAACCCAGAGGAGGAUAACUGCAGUGAUGACUAUGAUGACCUGAAAGAGGGUUGACCUUUUGGAAGAAUGGAGUAGAUCACUUGGUAAUCUGACUUGAAGGAUAUGUGAGCAUGUGUAGAAUUUACAAGGGCUAGAUGUAGAGCAUGCAGUGCACUAGAUGUAUUACUUGUGCAGCUAUUUUCUUUUCUAGGCCGUGAGAAGUGGCUUAUGUGAGCAAAUUUUAACAAAUGGGACGCAUUACUUGUGCAGCUAUUGUUGUUCUUGGAAACUAUUUGUAGUUCAAUUAAAAGUAGCUGGUAGUCUACUUUUCGACAA